AUGAGCUUUCUAAUCCACCUGUGCCGCUUUGUAGGCGUAAUAAGCGGAUUCGUGGUCCCAGUGAUUGUAGGUUUGCACGCAGCGUCUUUAGGUAAUGUCAAACAUGCAAACUACUAUCUACGAGCACUUGUCUUCUGGGUUAUACUGGACAGAAUAUUCUCACCGGUAUUGUUCGCUCUACUGGGAUUGAUAUCAGAACUACUAUGGCCACUGGCAUUCAGCAUCAUAUCAGUAGUACUGGUCGUACCGCGAUCAAGGGUAUUGGAAUUUGCCGAUAAGUACACCGUUAUGGUUAUUAAAAACGGUGGAGUAAACAUAGCAGCUGCCAAACUAUGUGACUUAGCCGAUCUUAUCAAGAACAAACUUAAAGAUGCUAUGUGUCCCAUGGCCAAAGACGAGACACUCAAGACCGAAUAA